AUGGAAAAUCUGCUCCUCUUAUUCGUAUUAUUACCACUUCUAACCUUCCUUUCCUUCCUUCCUCCCAGCCUGUCGAGCUCCAGCACCGCCUAUAAUGAAGUAGAUUGGUGGUGCAGCAAAACCCCAUACCCCAACACUUGCAGACACUACAUGAGCCAGCAGAGCCAUGAUCACCAUCAUUUGCCUAAAGAAAACUCCCAGUUGGUCAAGAAAGCCGCCGUCCAUGUCGCCUUGGAGCAGUCGCUCAAAGCUCAAAGCCACAACAAGUGGCUCGGCUCCAAAUGCCGGAGCGCGAAGGAAAAGGCUGCAUGGGCCGACUGUUUGAUUCUCUACCAACAAACCAUCGCCCUCCUCAACCAAACCCUCGACCCCACCACCAAGAGCACCAACUACGACGUCCAAACGUGGCUCAGCGCGGCUCUCACCAACCUAGAAACCUGCCGGACCGGCUUUGUCGAGCUGAAUGUUUCGGCCCACGUGUUGCCACUCAUGUCCAACAAUGAUGUUUCGCACCUCAUAAGCAACGCUUUGUCUGUCCAAAACGGCUCGAUCCCGCCACAGACGGAGAGGUACAGAGACGGCUUUCCGAGCUGGGUUUCGGGGGGUGACAGGAAGUUGUUGCAAUCUUCAUCACCCGCGGCCGAUCUUGUAGUGGCCAAAGAUGGGUCGGCUGAUUUCAGGACUAUCGAGGAGGCUUUGAAGGCGGCGGCCAAUAGGAGUACUAGGAAGGCGGGGAGGUUUGUUGUACAUGUGAAGAGGGGGGUUUACAAGGAGCAGCUUAACAUUGGGAGUAAAUUGAAGAAUGUUAUGUUAAUUGGUGAUGGGUUGAGGUAUACAGUUGUUACGGGCAGCAGGAGUGUUGGAGGAGGUUCCACAACUUUCAACUCUGCAACUGUUGCGGUGACUGCCGAAGGUUUCAUUGCUCGUGGCAUCACAUUCCGUAAUACUGCCGGACCACAAAACCAUCAAGCAGUGGCACUCAGAUCAGGCGCUGACCUCUCUGUCUUCUACCGAUGCGGCUUUGAAGGAUACCAAGACACUCUAUACGCCCACUCGCAACGACAAUUUUACAAAGAAUGCUACAUUUAUGGCACAGUAGAUUUCAUUUUUGGAAAUGCAGCAGUAGUGUUACAAAACUGCAUAAUUUACGCAAGGAAACCCAUGAGCGGACAAGAGAACACUGUCACAGCCCAAGGUAGAACCGACCCUAACCAAAACACAGGGAUUGUAAUCCAAAAGUCCCGAGUCAUGGGUGCACCAGACCUUGUACCAAGGCUAAGCUCUGUGAAAACAUACUUGGGUCGACCAUGGAAGAUGUACUCACGAACGAUUUUUCUACAAUGUUUUCUCGACACUUUGGUGGAUCCAGCAGGCUGGUUGGAAUGGGAUGGUAAUUUUGCGCUUAAUACUUUGUAUUAUGGGGAGUACAAGAACACCGGCCCUCGUUCUUCAACCGGUCAGAGAGUGAAGUGGGAGGGUUAUCAUGUCAUACCUAAUGCAGGUGUAGCAUCGCAAUUCACCGUUGAAAAUUUUAUUGGGGGGCAGUCAUGGUUGUUGGCGACUGGUGUGCCAUUCUUGUCUAGCCUAUGAUAACAUCUAAUG